CAGAAAAAGGCAAAAGAAAAAGAAGAGCCCACUACUCCACUAAUCCACUAAUCCACUCCUCACUCCAUAAAAGGAAAUAAAAAAAGUUGAAAAAUAAUAAUUUCUCAACUUUCAUUUCACACUUGGCUUCAUCUCCCCACUUUCUCAUCCCCUUCUUCAACAAAACCAUCAAAAUUUAGCUUAAAAAUUUUCAGCAGAUCACUAGAAAUGGCAGAACCCAACAAUUCUUCACCCAUCAAACUUGUUGAUUUCUCUUUGAGACUAUGCUCUGUUCCUUUGAGCAUCGCAGCUCUGUGGCUCACUGUCACCAACCGACAAGAUAACCCAGAUUAUGGCAACUUAGAGUUUCAUAAUCUGAGUGGCCUCAAGUACUUGGUUUGCAUAUCCGCCAUCGCCGCCACCUACGCUUUUCUCGCUGCCGUUGUUUCUUGCUUCCGGUGGUUCUUAGUAAAGGCUUGGGUCUUCUUCGUUUCCGAUCAGAUUGUGGCUUAUUUGAUGGUGACAUCGGGUGCGGCGGUAGGGGAGAUAUUAUACUUAGCUUACAAUGGAGAUAGAGAAGUUUCAUGGAGUGAAGCAUGUAGCUCAUAUGGCAAGUUCUGCAACAACAUGAAAAUGGCUCUCAUUUUUCAAGCUUUAGGAUUUGCUUGCUUCUUUAUCCUGGCUAUCAUCUCUGCUUUUAGAGCUUUUAGUGUCUUUCAUCCUCCUCUAAUUUCUUCUCAACAAACCAAUUAGAUGCCUUCAUUUCCCCAAUAAUUUUCCUGUAUUUGAGGGCCUUCUAUGGACUUUAUAGGAUUUACCAAUGUAUUUUUGUUGUUGUGUUGUUAUUUAAUUUUCUCUUUACUAUUCAAAUUUUACCAUUUAGGUCACAUUUAUCAAUCCCUAAUAAAAUUUGGUAUUAUUGGAAUGGUGAUA